AUGGAUUUCCUCCGAAAGAUUGGUGGGUAUCUGGCGCCUCCACCAUCAAAAUCAGACGACGGACGUGACCAAUGGCCCUCGCGCGCUGCGUUCCUUCUUGCCGCCAUGGGUGGCUGCGCUGGACAAGGAAACUUGCUUCGAUACCCCUCUGUCGUAUACAACAACUACGGUCUCCAAUGGUUCAUCCCGUAUCUGCUUGCAGUGUUCCUCAUCGCCAUUCCCGCCUUGGUCCUCGAAGUCUCCAUCGGUCAAGCCUAUCGUGGAGGCACCGUUAUAGCCUUCAACAACAUGAACAGACGGCUCAAGGGUGUCGGCAUGGGCCCAGUGAUUGUGUCUUUUAUCGUGGUUCAAUACUUCACUGUCAACCUGGCGUGGAUUAUGAGUUAUUUUCGCCAUAGCUUUACAAGUCCGCUGCCAUGGGAAGGCCGCAUAGAGGAGUUUUACUGGAACGAUGUCCUUCACGUUGGUAAUAUCACUGAAGGAGGUUUGACUGACGACGGCAACAGCGUCGCUUCAUACGUCGGCUAUCCCAAAGUCUCUCUCAUCGGCGAGACUGUUGGGUGGAGCAUAUUUGUCUGGUUCCUGAUCUGGAUCUCCAUUUUCCGCGGAGUCGGCAUGACUGGCAGAGUUGUCUACUUCACCAUGGGCCUACCAAUCGUAACCACCAUCAUCUUUGUAGGACGUUCACUGUCUCUCCCAAAUGCCAGCGAAGGCGUCAAGCUUCUAUGGACCAACUUCAGAGGCGACCAACUCGCAUCUGGUGUUGUAUGGCAGACUGCGGUCGGACAAGUCUUCUUCUCUACUGGUAUUGGUUUCGGUUACUUCACGAGCUACGCAAGCUACAACCAAAAGCACGCAAAUGCUGUCAUGGAUGCCGUCCUCAUCUGUGGUAGCAACGUCCUCUUUGAGAACUUUGCUGCUUUCGCCGUGUUUGGGGUUGUUGGAUACCUCCAGCGUUGGCCCGAAGAUGGCGUCAGACUUGGUGCUUUUGUCGUAGGAUUCUUGACUUUACCAGAAGCUGUUCUGCAAAUGCCUGGAGCCAACUUCUGGGCAGUUCUGCUCUUCUUCACUCUUGUCGUUCUUGGAUUCAGUUCUGCUUUUGUUAUGUUGGACGUGGUCGUGACCUUGAUUUGCGAUUCUGGAAUGGUCAAGGCCUCACGUCCGGUUGUGGUCACUGUGCUUACUGUGGGUUCAUUCCUCAUGUGCUUGCCAUAUUGCACGGAGUUUGGUUACUACCUACUCGACGGUGUGGACAGAUGGAUUAACAACAUCGCACUGAUCUUUGUGGUGUGGACUGAGGUUACAAGUGCCACGACGGUAUACCGUUGGCGUGAUAUUGUCGAUCAAACUGGCCUCGUAGCCUUCAGCCUUUACAACUUUGGCUUCUUCGGCGGACAGUUCUUCGGUAUCGUCCUGGCACAUGGAAUCAACAGUCCAGGAGCUGGCGCUGGCGCCGGUAUUGGCUUCUAUGCGGCGUUUGCCAUUGUCGCGACCGUUAUCGCACGCAUACCCAGUACCGCUGCUCCGUCGCUGUGGAACACCAACGUCAUUUUCCGCAAAUUUUGGUUCUUGGCUUUCUAUUCCGGCAAUCAACUUCGACGUGAUCUCAAUGUUAUCGUCGGGCAAGGAAAGAAUUGGAAGAUUCCUGCUUUCCUGCCUUUCCUACUCCGCUACAUCUCUGGGCCAGUUUUGGCCAUCAUCUUCAGCUUCGCUUAUCCAGAGUUCCACACUCUUCGGUACGAUCCCAUGUACAUCACGGGCUUUAUUUUGGCAAAUCUGACCAUGGUGGUCAUCAUCCUUGGUUUCACUAUUCCGAGGUAUUACGACGCCUUUGUUCCGUAUGAGCGCCGCGGCGAAGGGACCGAGCCUACAGUUGCGAUGGAGACAAAGGGCGAUAUUGCCGGAGCUCCUGUCAGCGAUCUUGUUAAAGCCGAGGGUGGCGAGGCUCCUCCAGCAUACGCAUCUUCGCAAGAGCAUGUGGACAAGGAUUCCCAGCACCAUAAAGAGGCCACGCCGGAGUCACGAUGA